GAGUUGCUAAUUCAUUGAUUUACUCGGCGUCCGCAUAGGCACUUUUUUGGUUAGUUAUGAAAAGCAACGUACCUUGGAAGUCUAUAGCACGAGUAGUUUUGGAAGAUGGUAGGCAUAUUUUUAGUGCCUGUAACGGGUGUUUUUAGUGUAUGGUAAGCAUAUAUAUUUUGGCUCAUUCGUUAUGCAAUUGAAAAAUGUUAUGGUAGCAGACUAGCAGUUAAUGUACUACUUUUUUGUCGCAGAUACAAAUAGAGGUGUAUGGUACACCCAAAAAUAGUUACGCAUUUUUUUGGGUACUAAUUACUUCUUCUUUUUUUUGGUUUGAGUUACGAAUUUUUUUGAUUGCUAGUAAAAAUUUUGGAGGUGUGCACCGUUGAAUCCUCCUUCCAAUUGAUAUUGUAUGUGUCCUUGUGGCAGUAAAACGCACCGCUACUUUCUUAAUUUAUAUUUGUUAGGCAAUUUGUGCUUACAAACAAAAAGUACCGUCUCCGGCUCGAAAAUGUAGUUCAUCACAAAAAGCCGUGCAUCUUUUGAAUAAAAAAUUGAAGUACUUCUGCAUAUAAUUAUUUGACACCGAAUUAAAGAACUUUUUUUUUUAUUGCAAUCGAAUGUAAAAACUAAUUAAAAUCUUUAAUUUGGUGUCAAUAAAUAUUAAAAAUAAAUCAGAAUAGGUUUUGUUCUUCAUUUGCUUUUUCUGUUCUUGACGAAGCAAAACGAAACAAAAUUUCACAUCUUCCUCCUAAUCACUUUACCAUGACCUAUUCGCGGGGUUUCUAACGGCCAAAGAUGCCUCUCUCUCUCUCUCUCUCUCUCUCUCUCUCUCUCUCUCUCUCCACAUCCAAUAAUUAUGUUUCAACCCAAAUCAAGUAUCAAUCCUUCCUCCUUAGUCCUAAAUUGCAUCUCCCAAUUGACUUUCUUCCCAUUCUGAUGAUCAUUUUGGUUGCCUGAUCCCUGUUUCAAGAAAAAAAGAAAUGGAGAUAUCACACCCGACAGCCUCGUUCUCGUCGAGCAAAGGAGACGAGACGGAAUUCGAAGCCGAGCUCACUCUCAGCGAAAAGAUCAAAGCCUUCAAAUCCUCUAAUUUCGAUCCCGAAGGCUAUGUCACCAACAAGUGCCGCCAAAUGAACGAAAAGCAAAUUAGGAUGUUGGUCAAGUACCUUGUGGAUUUAAAGGCAGCAUCUGCAGAGGAGAUGCGCAAAAGCGUCUAUGCAAAUUAUUCAGCUUUUAUACGUACAUCAAGGGAGAUUUCUGAUCUUGAAGGGCAGCUACUCUCCUUGAGAAACUUCCUAUCUACUCAAGCAGCUCUCAUUCACGCUUUGUCUGAAGGAGCUCGUCUAGAAUCAUUCUCUUCUGGUUCAGAAGGUUCAAUGAAAGUCAACAUAUUCGAUUUGGAAGAUAGAGAACCAUCAAAUACAGAAAAAUGGCUAGCUCAAUUUUUGGAAGACCUUGAAGUUUUACUAGCUGAAAGGAGAGUGAAGGAAGCUCUUGAUGCUUUAGAUGAAGGAGAACGUAUAGCAAAGGAAGCUAAUCACCAGAAAACACUGACUCAAUCUUCACUCUUGUUAUUAAAGAACACUAUCACAGAACAAAGGCAAAGACUAGCCGAUCAGCUUGCAGAAGCCGCUUGUCAACCUUCCACGCGUAGUGUUGAGCUUCGUUCAUCUGUUCAAGCUUUGAAACAACUGGGGGAUGGUCCACGUGCUCAUAACUUGCUCCUCAAGUCACACAAGCAGAAGUUACAGUACAACAUGCAAGGUCUUCGCCCAGGAACUUCAAAUGGGGCCACAUAUACUUCAUCCCUUUCACAACUUGUGUUUUCCACUAUUGCACAGGCUGCGAGUGAUUCUUUGGCCGUUUUUGGGGAUGAGCCGGCUUACACGUCUGAGCUUGUCACUUGGGCUGUGAAGGAGACUGAGUCUUUCUCUCUACUAAUUAAAAGACAUGUUCUUGCCUCAUCAGCGGCUGGGGGUGGGUUAAGAGUUGUGGCUGAGUGUGUCCAAAUUUGCCUGGGUCACUGUUCUUUGUUAGAAUCUCGUGGAUUGGCUCUUUCUCCUGUCCUCUUACGACUCUUUAGGCCUUGUAUUGAACAAGCAUUGAGUGCGAAUUUGAAGAGAAUUGAACACAGCACUGCUGCAUUUGCUGCUGCAGAUGAUUGGUCACUUGCUUAUCCACCAGUUGGUACGCGGUCUUUGGGUAGUGCAUCUCUUGGUAGUGUGAUUGCAUCACAAUCAAAGCUGUCUAGCAGUGCUCACAGGUUCAAUUCCAUGGCCCAGGAUCUCUGCGAGGAUGUGGGUCCCCUUGAGAGCUUGCAAUUCGCAGACCACGCAUUGGAAGGCCUUGUACAAGCUUUCAAUUCAUAUGUCAAUAUGCUCAUAAACGCAUUGCCUGGUUCAGUGGAGACUGAGAACUUGGAGGGGUCUGGGAGUAGAAUAGUUAGAAUGGCAGAGACUGAAGCCCAACAGAUAGCUCUCCUAGCAAACGCCUUGUUGUUAGCAGAUGAGUUGCUCCCACGUGCUGCUUCCAAGCUUCAACCCUUCAGCCAGAAUAGUAGAAUUGAUGAACCCCCCAGAAGGACAUCUGAAAGGCAAAAUCGUGCUCCAGAGCAGAGGGAAUUGAAGAGGCGGCUUCAGCGCUUUGUUGAUCAGUUGAGAGAUAGCUUCUGUCGACAACAUGCCCUUGAGCUCAUCUUUAUGGAAGAUGGCAGCGUCCGGCUGAGUGCAGAGAUGUACAUAAGCAUGGAUGGAAAUGCAGAUGAGCCUGAGUGGUUUCCUUCUCCAAUAUAUCAGGAACUUUUUGCAAAGUUGACUCGAAUUGCAAGCAUUGCUUCGGACACGUUUGUGGGAAGGGAAAGGUUUGCAACUAUGCUAUUGAUGAGACUCACAGAGACCGUCAUCUUGUGGCUUUCCGAUGACCAAAGCUUUUGGGAAGAGAUAGAGGAGGGGCCAAAGCCUCUGGGUCCUCUAGGCCUUCAACAGUUUUACUUGGACAUGGAGUUUGUGAUACUCUUUGCAUCCCAGGGGCGUUACUUGUCUCGAAAUCUUCAUCAAGUUAUUAAAAACAUCAUAGGCCGAGCUAUUGAAUCAGUUGCUGCGACUGGCUUAGAUCCUUACAGUGUAUUACCGGAGGAUGACUGGUUUGCUGAGGUUGCUCAAAUAGCAAUAAAGAUGUUGACAGGACAGGCCACUUUUGGAAAUGUAGAUCAGGAUAUUCUUAGCCCUACUGCAUCUGUAUCUGCAAAAUCUAUAUCAUCAGCCAUCUCUCACGGUAGCAACUAGUGUUUGGGCUUUCAUCGCUGAAGGUAACAGUUACUUUCAACCAAAUUUUGUGGAAGAGUAGAUACUGUGUAAAUACGACACACCUGUUACGUAUAUCCUAAACAAUAAGGGGGAGUGCUCUUUCUUUAUAAAAGUUUUCAAGUAAGCUUCGUAACUUGAAUGUAUCAUUCUUGAGUUUGUGCUUAAUCUAAACCUUGGCUCUUGCCAUUACUUGCCUA